CCAACAAACCUAGCAUUUACCUUUAGCGAGCGGCCCCGGAAGUGUUUGUAAAACUGUUAAAAGCCCGUUGACGUAGGCUAGCUAGCGAUAGCUGACAGCCGGGUUCAGUCAUUGUGCGAGGAUGGAGGUGACACGCAAAAAUUUUAAAGACUGCUUAAACUCUGUGUAUGCCGCCAUAGAGGAUGCGGACUUCCUUGCAAUCGAUGGAGAAUUUUCAGGGAUAAGCGACGGCCCUAAUGUCAGUGCACUCACCAACGGACUGGACACGCCGGAGGAGCGAUACACCAAGCUGAAAAAGCAUUCCAUGGACUUCCUGCUGUUCCAGUUUGGAUUAUGUACAUUCAAGUACGACCAGACAGAGUCAAAGUACAUCACAAAGACUUUUAAUUUUUAUAUAUUCCCAAAACCAUUCAGCAGGACGUCCCCCGACAUAAAGUUCAUCUGUCAAAGUUCCAGUAUCGACUUCCUGGCCAGUCAGGGAUUUGACUUCAACAAGGUGUUCUGUCACGGAAUCCCAUACCUGAAUCAAGAAGAGGAAGCCCAGCUGAGGGAGCAGACAGAGGAGAGGAGGAAUCAACAUGCUAACGGUGUUGGGACACCAUCCUACAUCUCCCCAUCCUCCAAAGGUCCUGCACACGUACCCGAGGAACAUAAAGACUUCAUCAACAGAGUGGUAGAGAAGGUUGAGGCUCUCUUCACUAACGCAGAGAAGACUUUGGACUUGGAGCCAUGCACUGGGUUUCAGAGGAAGCUGAUAUACCAGACACUGAACUGGAAGUUUCCCAAGGGGCUUCAUGUGGAAACCAUGGAAACAGAAAAGAAGGAGCGAUACAUCCAGGUCAGUAAAGUGGAUGAUGAGGAGAGGAAGAGGAGGGAACAGCAGAAACUGGAGAGAGAGCAGGAGGAGCUAAAUGAUGCAGUAGGCUUCUCCAGGGUCAUCCACGCCAUUUCCAAAUCUGGUAAACUUGUGGUUGGCCACAACAUGCUGUUAGAUGUGAUGCACACCAUCCACCAGUUCUACUGCCCACUGCCAGAGGAUCUUCAAGACUUUAAAGAGGUCACAAUGUGCGUCUUCCCAAGACUUCUGGAUACAAAGUUGAUGGCUUCCACUCAGCCAUUUAAGGAGCUGAUCACGAACACCUCUCUGGCAGAGUUGGAGAAACAGCUGAAGGAGACUCCCUUCAAGUCACCACGAGUUGAAGCGGCAGAAGGUUUCCCCAGUUACAACACAGCCCAGGAACAGCUACACGAGGCGGGGUAUGACGCUUACAUCACAGGCCUCUGCUUCAUCUCCAUGGCCAACUACCUGGGCUCUUUCUUGACUCCACCCAAAGCCUACAUCUCAGCUCGCUCCAAACUUAUUGAGCCUUUCUUCAACAAGCUUUUCCUGAUGAGAAUAAUAGAUAUUCCCUACCUCAACAUCACAGGACCAGAUUUGCAACCUAAAAGAGACCAUGUCCUGUAUGUCACCUUCCCAAAAGAGUGGAAGACCAGUGACCUCUACCAGCUCUUUAGUGCCUUUGGGAACAUCCAGGUUUCAUGGAUGGACGACACAUCAGCCUUUGUGUCCCUCAGUCAAACAGACCAGGUGCAAAUAGCUAUGAACACCAGCCGCUAUGCAGAGAGCUACAGGAUCCAGACAUAUGCAGAGUACAUCCAGGGUAAGCAGCAGGAGAAGGAGAAGCUCAGCCAGACAGCCAAAAGCUGGGGAGAGGACGGCUGGGUGAAACCUCACUACACCUCCUCUACUGCUUCCGGUUUCGGUUAUCCCAGGGGUUUGAGGAAACGCAGCAUCAGCCCCGUUCAGGCAGACCCGGGGUCCGGAGAUGCUCUGGUUGCAGACGGUUGGAAUAACUACUCAUACAUGGAUAGCACAGGCAGCAAGAAGAUGAAAACUGAUGAUGUUGUCGAGAGCAAGACCUCAGAAGGAUGGCUAAAGACAACAGAUUCGUCAGAUUCAGCGGGGUUAAGUCCAGUCCCUGAUGAGGACGAAAGUCCUGAGGGCACCGAUCCAGCCAAUAACGCUGAGGGGACGGUCACCUGGCAACAAGCCCCGACAGUCCACGGGAGGAAAGGUCAAAAGAACAAGAAAAAGAAGUCCGAAGAGGCUGAAUCUACAACAUCGCUGUUUGAGGUUCCAGAGGUUUGGUAGCGAGAGGUGAGGAGCGGAGAGGCCGCUAUCUCAUACUGGGCUUCUGCUCAGUCUCUUCCUAAGCACUUGGGGCACUCUCUCCUUCAAGGGCAUACAUUACUGGGAGUGGUGCGUGCCCUAAAUUCAUCCGUUCACUCAACAGCUGUGGAUACCGUGUCCAAAGCAACCAACAGAGCAAGUUGACUGGACUAUUGAAAGAGAGAACACAAGCCAUAACGACAGCUGCCAUAUUUUGAUCUUAAACCAGAGGAGCAGGCAACUUUUCUGCGUUAACACACACACACACACACACACACGCGCACACACACACACACACACACACAACUAGAAUCUUGAAGUUUAAAAACUUCGGAAAUUUUCAUUUAUUUUCUGACGUGUUCAGACUGGAAUCUGCCACCACAGCCAUGCUGUCAGUUUGGAAUUAUUCAUCAAUUUUAAUGACGUUGUCUCCUCUAAUCAGUCUUAUAUUUUAUGAGUGUGAGUUGUAUGCGAGUUUGUGCAUGGGAGGGAGAGUUACAUUUUCUCUUGUCUUUGUAUCCCUGUGAAUCAUUUUCAUAAAUAUUUCAUAAAAUACCACUUAACAGGUCCUGUAGUUUACACGGUCAGGGUUAUUUAGGAUUUAAAGGCGGUCAAAUAUAUUUUUUUCUCCAUUUUUAAAGAAAACAAGUAAUUUAUGUCAACUUCUCCAGUUUUAUCAAAACAUAAGCUGAUCAAUGAUAAUGUGAUAUUUAUUAUUGGUGGCAUUUUGACCCUUCAUGAGAGGUGCUUGUUUUUUUGUACAUAAUUGUUUUUCUUUACCUUUUUUUUUUUUUUUUGAUGUUUAAUGUUUUGUAACUGUGUCAACCUGCAACGAUGUUGAAGUAUGUUCCAAUGCAAAAUGUGUAAACGCAAGAAAACGUAUACAUUUUUGUAUAAGAUAAAGUUUAAAAAUCCUUAAAUAUUUCCUUGGAAAGGGAAUUAAUUAAAGAAAGUUUCUUAGUA